UUCCAAUCAAUCUCCACAGUCACAUUCUCAAUGGCAUCCAACAACACCGUGUUCCAAGACUUCUUGCCCUUAAUGGCGGAUAAAUUGGGCGGCGAACGUCUGAUGGACGAACUAUGUAACGGGUUCCAAUUGCUGAUGGAUCCGGUGAAACGGGUCAUCACUUUCGACAGCCUGAAGAAGAACGCGGUCGUAUUGGGGCUUGCGGAUAUGACAGAUGAUGAUUUGAUGAGCAUGUUGAAGGAAGGAGAUUUGGAUGGAGAUGGAGUUCUGAGUCAGAUGGAGUUUUGUGUUCUUAUGUUUAGAUUAAGCCCUGAGUUGAUGAAACAGUCAUGGUUAUUGUUGGAUGAAGUUCUUCGGUAGAAAUUUAACUUUUUUUUUUUAUUAAUAUGGUUUGUUUGUUUGGAAAUUUGAGAUAAUUGUUUAACAUCAAUUAAUUACUUGUGUUUAUUUUGUUUGGAA